AUGAUGAAAACCGAAGGCAAAGGGGAAAGGACUUUAAGAAGUGCUUCUCCGCACCGAAAUGCCUAUAAAUCAGAUUUCCAUGCUAUCAAAUGCUCUUUUGAUAGUGUAAACAAUCCUGAAAAUGCUUCCAACAAAACAGGGUUGCAUCAGAAGCUGAGCACCUCUUCCAAUGGAGGGGGAAGUGACCCACACAGUCGAGGCAGAGCUACCACUUAUGGCAAUAGAGUACAUAAGAUCAAAAAUAUGUUUCUGCAAAUGGGAGGCUCUUCUUCCACACCCCCUUGUGAAAGCAGUCCACCUGCUGAGACCAAAUUAAUCAGCCGGGCCACAUCAGCAGAGUAUGGACCUUCUCCAGGUAGUCCAUCUUUCCUCAUUGUCCAAAAAAAUAAUUUUCUUAAUACAAGUACAAGCCCCUGUGGCAGUCCUGUGGAUUCAUCGUCUGUGCUUUCUGCUACCGACAAGGUCAUCCGUAGCAAUGAUGAGGCAGACUUGGACAAAGUUGCCCUGGCAGAAAAAUUUUCGGAAACCAGGAAGCUGUUUGAGAGAAAUAUAAAACAACGGAGCUCGGUGGACAGAUACUCCCCCAGCAAAUGUGAAAGAAGUGAGGAUAAGAGGAGACGCAGUUCAGCUUCUGAUUGCAACAAUGUGGUUGACCACGUUAGUUUUAGUACAGAAGCAAGUCUUCCAGUUGCACUGGAGAAGGAAGAGAAUCACAGUAAUGAGGAGUUGAAGCAGCAGCAUACCAGUAGUGGUUCCAAAUCCUCCUUCCCAAAUGCAGGGCCCAUUUCCAGGAGGCUGGAAAGUUUUCUGGGUGACAGUGAUACUGAAGAAUCUAAAGAAAUUUCCAAGAAUCAGGGUCUUCAGAAUCAGGACCCUUUGAGAGGCCACCACAGUUUGGAUUCAUUUGCUGUUGCUGAAGGAUGUCCAAAGAAGGCUGUGUCCACCAAAGGGCCUGUGAUCCUCAGAGGUGAUUUGAGUGAGGCACUUGGAAAAGACAAAAGAGAACAACUUGAGAGAAGCCUGUGGGAUAUGGGCAGUAUUCCUGGUGAGGAGACUCAAACAUCAGAUAGUAUCCUCUCGCGGGUUUCUCCUGUGGAGACUUACACAGAGCUGGUUGCACAAGAUGAAAGCUCAGGGUGUGAAAAAGAAGGUUUGGAGAAAGAUCACAUUGUUCAAGAGGAUCAGCUGCUCAGAUGUCAUGUACAGGAAGGAAAGAGGAACUACUAUUCCUUGGAAGUGGUAGAAGAGUUUACGGAAGGCAGCAAGAUCAAUCCAGAGGAGGAAACAGAUGGGAUGUCUGUAGGAGACAGUCCAGUUACACGAAUUCAGGGUGUUCUAGAGCAGGAAGGGGAUACUGAAGAAGAGGAGCAAGUGGUGGAAAAGCAGAGCGAGAAACUAAGUGCUUUUGGAAUAGAGAAUGCAGCUUUUGAUGAUGAUAGGAAUACAGAGGCAGAAAAUCAAGGGCCUGGAGGCAAAGAAAUUUUGGAAGGAGAGGAGGAGUAUAUGUAUGACAGUGAAUAUGAGGAGUUUCCUGGGCUCUCUGAAGAGGAAGAUCCUGAGCCAGACCGAAAAGUCAAGUUCUCAACAGCUCCUAUCAAGGUUUUCAGUACUUACUCAAAUGAAGACUAUGAUAGACGUAAUGAAGAAGUUGACCCUGUGGCAGCCUCAGCUGAGUAUGAGCUUGAGAAGAGAGUGGAAAAAAUGGAAGUAUUUCCUGUGGAAAUUGAAAAAGGUGACAGCGGUCUGGGCAUCAGUAUUAUUGGAAUGGGAGUUGGUGCUGAUCAGGGACUGGAAAAACUAGGGAUUUUUGUGAAAACAAUAACAGACGGUGGAGCUGCUCAGAAGGAUGGACGUAUUCAAGUAAAUGAUCAGAUUGUUGAAGUUGAUGGCAUAAGUCUAGUGGGAGUUACUCAGUUCUUUGCAGCCACUGUGUUAAAAAACACGAAAGGCACAGUGAGGUUUCUGAUUGGGAGAGAGAAGCCAGGGACUCAGAGUGAAGUAGCCCGCCUCAUUAGUGAGACCUUGGAGCAAGAGAGGUGUCUGUAUGAGCAGCACUAUGUUCAUGAUGAUACAGAGCAGGAUGAUGACUAUGAUGAUGAUGAUGAUACAUAUGAGUCCCAUUUCCAUGGAAAAUCAGUAGAAGUUUUUGAUCUGCCUGAAAAUGAAGAUAUUGGUUUACCACUGGAUAUGGAUUCAGCACAAUCUCUUCUUAAAUUUAAAGAGCUACAGUUAAAGCACGCAGUAACAACAGCUGAAGUGAAUCAACUGAAGGAGAAGUUAAAAAUUGUUGAAGCAGAAAAAAAUGAAUGGAAGCUAAGUCGGGCCCAACUUCAGCAAAACUUAGAGGAGAGCAAAGAGAAAAUUAAAAAGUUAGAGACCUACUGGUUAGAGGCACAGAGUUUAUGCAAAACAGUGAAUGAGCAUCUUAAAGAAACUCAAGAACAAUGUGAUGCCCUUGAAAAGAAAUACAACAAGGCCAAGAAAUUGCUUAAAGAUUACCAACAAAAAGAAUUAGAAUUUAUGAAAAAAGAAGAGGAUCAUUCAAGGCUGCUUGAAGAGAGAGACCAGAAGUAUGCAGAACAGAUGAAAAUACAUCAGGAAAAAAUCUCGGAGCUUGAAAGUAAAUUAAAAAUGUAUGAGAGAAUGCCAUAUACGCUUGGAGGUGGCGAUUUAUUGGAAGAUGGCUGUCAAAGUCCAGACCAAUAUAAUGAACACUCAACAGUAAGAGAAGAAAUUGAAAAACAAACUGAAUCAGUAGAAGAAAGACCAAAUUCUUCAGAUAUGCUAAUUUCUGAUUUUGAUGCGUUUGUUGGGGAUACUCCCAGAUUAGACACCAGUGCCCACAAAGCAAAAGCUCAGCUGGCUUUGAAAGUAAAACGCCAGCCACCUUCUCGGUCAAAGCUGAAAGAAUCUCUUGGGGUUGGACAUCAGGCUGCAAAUCUGCAGGAUGAGGAUUCAGAAGAUACUGUUUUCAACAGAGAACUUUCCACUGUGUACCUAACCAAGACAUUAGAAACAAAUGAAAAAUUAACUCUCUCUCACCUGGACAACAUUGAUCAAAAGAGUGAAAAAGCUGAACAGAAGGAAAGCACAGAAAGUCCUGUGGAGUCAAGUCCUUCAGCUUCCACACACUCUUCUCCAGUACACAAACCAAGCAAUGAAAAUAGCACAACCACACCUCGUUCACCUCCUCCUGAAGAUGUGGUCCUAAAUUCUCCUCCAGGGUAUUCCAAGAAUCUAAAGCAAAGAGAAUCAAAAGGGAAAGGGAAAGAGGCCAAGGAAGAAAAGAAAAGUGAAGACAGGACAGUAGAAACAAAUGAAGGAACAUCAGGGAAGUCCAAAAGGAGAUUUCCAGAUUUUGGGGGAUUACGAAAAUCUGGAGGCAAGGGCAAGAAACAAGAAAAAGAAAAUCUAAGAGGUUCUCUGGAUAGCAGAGGUUCCCGAGAACUGUUGGAUGACUCUGGCAACAACCUAUCUGCAUCAGAUUCAGAUUCCCCUGUUCCUACUUGCAUGCCUUUCUCUUGGUUUGGAGACAGUCACAAAGAGCCUCAGAUUUCUAGUAGCAGCCUGCAUGUUACUCAGAGUGGGCAGGACAGUUGUGAACACGGUCAAGAGAAGAACAGAAAUAAGAGUAGAAUUGUCAUAGAUGAUACAUACCAUAGCAAGCCAAGUUGUGAACUAUCAGGGUUAGUGACAGAACCAAAUCUGUCAGGUCGUUCACACACUUUAACCUUCUCUUCAAAUGAGGCAUUAGAUGAUGAAUUUGCAACAACAGGAAAGCAAAAUCAAUGGCAUAGUAGACCUAUUUCUGAAUGGACCACGCAGCAAGUGUGCCACUGGUUGAUGGGAAUGAACAUGGAGCAGUACAUUAAAGAGUUCACAGCUAUGAACAUAGAUGGACAACAGUUAAUGCAGCUUGACAGUGACAAGUUAAAGGCUUUGGGAGUUUCCAGUCAAAAUGACAGAUCAACAAUAAAGAAAAAAAUUAAGGAUAUUAGAAAGACACAAGAAAAACUGGAAAAGCAAAAGGAAAAGGUUCAAAAGAAGGAGAGAGAAGUUCGCAAGACUGGCAGAGUGGUAGCCACACUUGAAUCAAGCUGCUAA